AUGAUUGAGAACCGAAGGCUUCUCUCCCCAAAGGUACAAGAAGCCUACUACGCCAAGAUAGCCGAGCGCUAUCUGGCCUUUUGCACCGACGCUGGCGACAGCGAUGGGCUGCAGAAGCAAUUCGGCCGGCUGGCUAUAACCGACAGCCAACAACUCCCUUCUUCGUCCUCCCCUACCCCACCACCAUCCCGACCACCCACCUCUCACUCCAACCCGCAGCAAAAGCAAACGAACGACUCCGACCUUGGGCAGAUCCUUUCCGCGCUCCGCAAGCUCAGGGAAGGCAUCGUCGCCUCGCGCCGCCGUGACACCUUCGCCGCCCAAGUCUACCUGUUCGCCGUCCGUCUGGGCAUCCUGACCUCGUCGUACGAAACAUACUAUCCAGCGCUACUCUACCUCUUACACACGCUACACCCCAUGAGCACCACCAGCACCACGGCCACCACCACUAACAGCAACCCAACCCCCCAAGCAUCGCCAUCCGCAUCAUUACUAACCCCGGUCGAGCUGCACGAAGCGCAAAGCUACCUCAUCCUAGACACGGCCUGCCGAACGGGGGACCUGGCCGAGGCCUACGCGCUACGCCGGCGGUUCCGCUUCGCAGACGCAAAGGUGGACGCGGCGCUGCGGGCGCUGGCACACGACAACUGGGUCGCCUGGAGGCGGGUCGCGCGGACCGUGGACGGGCACCGGGCGCGGAUCAUGGAGUUCGCCGAGCCGGAGCUGCGGACCCACACGCUCAAGGCGAUCGGGCGGUCCUACCUGUCCGCGGACAUGGGAUUUGUGGAAAAGGCUACAGGCUUGGCGUGGGAAGAGCUCAAGACGCGGUUUGCGGUCGGGUGGGAGUUGGAACAACCUCCUGGGGGUCUCGGGGAGGGGGAAAUUGCGAGGGUGAUCAUACGCCGGGUGAAAGUGAGGUGA